AUGAAUAUAGAUGUAGUUAGUAACAUUAACAAUAUGAACAAUAACAUUGUUUAUAGUAAUAGUUCUAAUACCAAUAAUAAUAAUACCAAUAAUAAUAAUAAUAGCAAUAUAAAUAACAGCACUGAUAGCAAUAGUAAUAAUAAUACUAAUACAAAAUUAGAAAGUAAAAUUAAAAUAUCACCGAAUACCACAAUAAAUAAAAAAAAUAUAUAUAGAAUAGAAGGAGAAUCAGAACCUCUUCCAAUUUGGUUACUCGUUGUAUUUUUUGCUGUUUCAAUCACUGUUAUUGUAUUUUUAUUUUUAAAUUUCCCAAAUUUAUCAGAGGAACACAAACAAUUAAUUCGUUUACCACAAUCAUUUAAAGAUGUCAAAGUUUUAAGUGAUAUUCUUUCAAAAUAUACUAAAGAUAAUUAUUUUAUUGUAAUUACUACAUUUGGAGUAAUUUAUACAUUUUUACAAGCAUUUUCAAUUCCAGGAUCAGUAUUUCUAAGUUUCUUAUCAGGUGGAUUAUUUGGAUUAAAAGUGCAACCCUUAAGCUAUUUAAUAUCAUAUUAUAUUGGUAGAAAUAUGGUUAGAAGAUUAUUCCCAGAUAAAUUAAAAUUAUUUUCAGAAUCAAUUUCACAACGUCGUGAUAAUUUAUUCAAUUAUAUUAUUUUCCUUCGUAUUACACCCUUCCUUCCAAAUUGGUUUAUUAAUUUAGCCUCACCAUUAUUAGAUGUACCAAUCUCAACAUUUGCCAUUGGAACAUUUAUAGGUAUAAUGCCAGCAACCUUUUUAGCAGUAAAAGCUGGAAUUUCAAUUCAAAAUAUUUCCAAACCAACCGAUAUUUUUGAUUUAAAAUCUAUUUUAAGUAUGGGAAUUUUAGCAACUCUUUCAAUUUUACCAACUUUACAACCAGUAAGAAAUCGUUUAGAUAAAUUGUUAAAUAGAAAGAAGGAUGAACCUAAAUCAAAUUAA